ACUGGGCUGUGCUAACAACAUUCCUAGGAAUUUCUUUGCUUAUUUAGCAUCUUCAUCAUAGUAAGACUGUACCAGAACUGGGUCUAUUUAGUCUGCUGUCAUGAGCAAGGACUCGAUCAAGCAGUCCCGUACUUUCCUCAGCUCCUUACAAGAGGACUGGCGGGUUAUGCUCAACGAUGACAAGAGUAAAGACCUGGUCUUGUUGAUAGGAGCCAAUCGCGACAAGCUCCCCGUCCACAAAAUGAUACUGCAGGCUCGCUGUGACAAAUUCCGUGGAGCCAAACUAGAGGGGAACGAGCUAGACCUUCCACAACUAGACGCUGGAGCGAUGAAGAAAGUCAGACAAUACCUCUACACAGCAGAAUUUACUAUCACUGAUGUCAUUGAGGUUUGCCCUUUGCUUAAUAUAUGUUACAAGUUAGGCCUUCCUUGUCUCCAGUCAUACAUUGUACAGUGUCUGGAAUCACUCUUAACAUCAGACACUGUAUGUAAACUCAUUACUAUAGCUCAUGAAAACAUCUCGUUCAAUAAUACGGAAGAGAGCCUCGUUCACAGCAUGUGGGCCGUCAUUAAUAUCUGUUUGCAGUUUGCCAUCAAGCACAAUUCUGAUAUUUUGAGCUCAGAGAGUUUCCUUGAAAUGUCGCAAGAAGUAAUGAUAAUACUAGUGUCAGCAAAACUUAGAGUCAGUACUGAUGAGAUAUUAAAAGCUCUGCUACGCUGGGCUCGCUACCAAGUCGGAGCAUCAAAGCAACUACAAUCCGAUUGGACAGAAGACGAGCGAGAGCAAGUGAGAGAAUAUAUUGAUGAAGUGGUGAAGCACAUUCAUGUGGCAGAUGGUCGUUUGAGCCCAGACACUAUCUCUGAUGGUAUAUACGGGAUGCUGGAGAGAUAUUCUUGGGUCGAAAACUCUCAGGAUGAAUCCAUUUUUCCCGACUCACUUAUUCUAACCGGCCGAAUGGAUUUGCAAGCUCAGCUCGACAAAUGGUGUGAAAACAAGAAGCAGGAGAAGUGGAGCCUCUUAUAUAGAGGAUCUCGUGAUGGCUACAGUGCUUACCAGUUCCAUAGUCAUUGCGAUGGACAUAACCCUACCAUUGUUUUGAUACAAUCUUCAACAGGUCAUGUGUUUGGAGGCUAUUCUGAUGUUUCGUGGACUAAUCAGUUUAAAAGAGGAAGAUAUUCCUCCUCUUAUAAGGCAUUCCUAUUCUCUCUUGUUAAUCCUUUCUUGAACACACCUCCACUUCAAUUUCCAAUCCAGCAGCCAAGCUAUGCAAUCAAUAAUCAUCCACAGAGCGGUCCUGUAUUUGGCUCUGGAGCUGAUUUAUGUAUCAGUAAUAAUUGCCACAUAAAUGAAGAGUCUUACUGCAACUUCCCUUCAUCUUAUGGCAAAGAUCAAAACAUUGAUAAUGACUUUCUCGCCGGGAAAAAAUAUUUCACAGUAGAAGAUUAUGAAGUGUUUGGCAUGCAGUAGAUAGUCAACCAUCAAUUAAUUAAUAUGUCAAUACAAUUGAUGCUAUAUAAUACUGUUUAAUUAUAGACUAUGGAUAAUUUAA